CGGGCUCGCUGCUCCCGUGCCGCUCCCUUGCCCGUGAGCCGGGCGGGGGCGGGAAGGUCCCGGGGCGGGCCUGGCUCUGCCUGAUCCCGGGGACCAGGGAGGCGGCGCUGGCGGGUUCGGGGAGCGCCCCAGGCUCUGCCCGGCGGCGGCUGGCCCACGUCCACCGCCGCAGAAGGGAGCUCGCCGGCGGCUGGGGCAGGCCCGUGCUCCCCUAUGGGCUUGCGUGGGGAUCCAUGUUUUGAUCUUCCCGAGCGGAUUGUAACCCUGAGCCUGGAGGCGUCUGGCCGAGAGGCAUGCCUUGCGGCGCCGCUGUCCUCCUCUGAGUCCUGCGGCUUGGGCGGUGGCCGGGGUCGAGGAGACCCGCUCUAGUUCGCUGCAAACCGCGCUGCCUCCCGGCUCGGGCCUGAGGCCGCUCGUGUCGCGUGGAACGAUGUACACCUUCGUGGCACGAGAUGAAAACAGCAGCAUCUAUGCUGAGGUGUCCAAAAUACUCCUGUCCACCGGCCAGUGGAAGAGGCUGAAAAGAGACAACCCCAGAUUUAACCUGAUGCUGGGGGAGAGGAACAGGCUGCCCUUCGGGAGACUGGGUCAUGAACCUGGACUUGUGCAGCUGGUAAAUUACUACAGGGGAGCUGACAAGCUUUGUCGCAAAGCUUCGUUAGUGAAGCUAAUCAAGACGAGCCCUGAGUUAUCAGAAUCUUGCACAUGGUUCCCAGAAUCAUAUAUGAUUUAUCCAACUAACCUAAAGACUCCAGUGGCUCCAGCGCAGAAUGGAAUUCGCCAUCUUAUAAACAACUCCAGGACGGAUGAAAGGGAAGUGUUCCUGGCCUCCUACAACAAGAGGAAGGAGAAUGGGGAGGGGAACGUGUGGAUAGCCAAAUCCUCGGCCGGUGCCAAAGGUGAAGGAAUUCUUAUUUCUUCAGAGGCUACUGAACUUCUGAACUUUAUAGAUGAUCAAGGACAAGUGCAUGUGAUUCAGAAAUACCUUGAAAAGCCUAUGCUAUUAGAGCCAGGCCAUCGCAAGUUUGAUAUUAGAAGCUGGGUUCUAGUGGAUCACCAAUAUAAUAUCUACCUCUACAGAGAAGGCGUUCUGCGGACCUCUUCAGAACCAUACAAUAGUGCUAAUUUCCAAGACAAAACCUGCCAUUUGACCAAUCACUGCAUACAGAAGGAAUAUUCUAAAAACUAUGGGAAGUAUGAAGAAGGGAAUGAAAUGUUUUUUGAGGAGUUCAAUCAGUAUCUGAUGAGUUCUUUGAACAUUACACUGGAAAGUAGCCUGUUAUUGCAGAUCAAACAAAUAAUAAGAAGCUGCCUUAUGUGUAUAGAGCCUGCAAUCAGCACCAAACACCUUCACUACCAGAGUUUCCAGCUCUUCGGCUUUGACUUCAUGGUAGAUGAGGAACUGAAGGUCUGGCUAAUCGAAGUCAAUGGGGCCCCUGCCUGUGCCCAGAAACUUUAUGCAGAGCUUUGCCAAGGUAUAGUGGAUGUAGCCAUCUCUAGUGUCUUUCCCCUCAGUGACAUAGUGCAAAAGCAGAGCCAGCCAUCAAUAUUUAUGAAGCUGUGAUGACAAGACCAUCUUAGCGAGACACAUGGGAGAGUUGCCAUCUGUCGAUUCUGAGGGAAGGCUGUUGGAUCAUUGACUUUAGUAUCAUGCCAAAAAGGAGGAAAGAGAGACAACUUUUUGGAAAUUCACGAGGAAAAUAUAAAUAAAAGAAGGCUUCCAAGGAGAGUCCAGGAUGAGCCAAAGUUGUUCAGACAACUCUGCCUGUGUUUCACCAAACUAUGCUUUGGAAACAGCUCAUGUGACUUUAAUAACUGAAGCAAAUCUCUCUGGGAGAACAGCAAAAUAAUGUUUAAAAAAAAACAGGAAUACAAUAAUAUUGUAUUAUCUCGUCCUUUUCUAAAAAGAAACCUUUUUUCCUUUUUUUUAAAUAAGGCAAUUUAAUGAAGAGUACCAUUGAUGUGGGUUUCUUGGUUCAUCACCUGCUGCAGUUUUAGUGCCUUAGCUCAGUCCCCAAUAGGUAACUCCUUUUUGUUCCUGCUCCAUUUGUGUAGAGGUGAAAAGCGGUCUUGUUUUGUGGGAUGUGUAAAAGAAGAAAAAGUUAAUUUUAAGUCUGUUUUAAAAUCAGCUAGCGAAACACCCAGUAACGAUAUGGCAAAGGUGGCACCACUGAGGGUACUGUAUCUAAUGUGAUGAAGUAGCCUAGGGGUUUAAGGAGGUUUUAUUUACUUGUAUCCAUUGUCUAAUGAGAUUUGAAUCGGUUGUCUGUCAGUCUGACGCAGUUGGAACCCCUAGAAAACAAGUACUCAGCCCCUCCCUCACCGAUCUGCAGUUUUUAGGGAGCCUAGGUUGACAUUCUUGUUGAGAGCGUUGCUGUAACAGAGUCUGACUUUCCUGGAAGGCUUGUUCAGAGGGGCAUUCAAAUUAUCUUAGUUCAGCUCUUCUUUCAGUUUUUAUGCUUUUAAUACCUUCGUUUUUGUUAACCAAAACAACACCAAGGGACUCUGGCAGCCUCUUUAAGAUGCAUCUGAGGCUUGAAAAAAGAAUCCUUUCAACCCCACCAGUUGUUUCCCUUUCAACCCAACCAAUUUUAUCUCUCUCCAUUGGACAAACAUUGCAUUUUUUAGCACUUACAAGUCAGCACCACCGAAACAUGGCUGUGCUUUGUGCCCCAAGCAUCAUCAGUCAGUAGAAAUAGGCUCACCUCUUGGGGAAAGCAUUUGAUGAUCAGCUGGUGCUGCUGUAGAACAGCAGGGAAACUCUUGUUCCAUAUUGUGUUAUAUUGUGAUAACCUUUUAAAAAAAAAAAAAAAUUAGGUCAGUGAAUGUAGAAACUCACAUUUUUUAAGUAUAACCUAAAUAGAUAUAUGAAAUCCUGGGAACAUUCCCCACAUCAUAAACAGACCCUUUAAGUUACAAUUUUUAACCUAAAUAGGUUGGCUGUGUUUCUUUGUAGAACACAGUGGGGUCCCUAAUAGCAAACUGGGUACUAUAGAUCAUAAGUGUGUUCCGUAUUGCAAUGCAAUGUGUUGGAAAUUUUCAGUAGGAAUAGAGAGGUGGAAUUUUAGAUUUAAUCUUAGUGUUUAAGAAGUAAUAAUCUGUGUCUGCAAAUGACUAAUACUAACAAGAUCCCCUUUUUCAAGGAAACCAGUAAGAUUUCUAUAAGCUAUUACGCGUUUUCAAUACUGAGCUGCUGCAGUUCUCCUACAUGCAUUGCAUGUUGCAUCCUAGCAUAUUUUAUGAUUAGAUUUUUUUUUCUACAUAUUUUAAAAGGUCAGUGAAAUGAGGCAGCUUCCUACCAAACAAGUGUGCAUGACUGAAUGAGAAGCAGAGUCUGAUACAGAAAAGCAUGAGAGACUUGUUUAGAAGAAGGAUCUCUCUUGUGUGGUGCACAAUCCCCACAGGAUGCUGUUGUGGAACACUGACAUCUGCACCUGAAUCAAAUCCAGCAAGAGUUCUGGCUCUGCUGGUCGGAUCAGAACUACAUUCUGUUGUCUCUGACAGUUGCUUUGGGUUGAGGAUACUUACAUUAAGGGUGACCCAAGCAAAAGAAAAGUGGCUCCUGCUACCAAAAAAAAAACACAUUUAGGAGGUUCCAAGCUUCUGAUUGGCUGAGUUUAAUAAGCAUUGAGUUACGUAGUCUAAUUUUUCCCUCCAGUGAAAUGUCUGAGCACUCUUACACACUUUCCUCGACUUAGGGUUGAGAUUUCCCAUCUCUGAAUUGUUUCCAGGGUAGAGCUCUGUGAAUGAAUGAAACUGUCACACUUUGCCAAGUCACUGGUGUUCAUAAAUCUUGGCUCUAUAGCAAAGGGAGAGACAGAAGCAUUUCUGAGAGGUGUACGGAACUUUAAAUCUCAUUGCUGGGGCGCACUGGGGGAGUUUCUGUUCCAUACCUUAAUUAUUUCGAUCCAGAACAGCUAGAUUUGGGGACGGACUCAGCCACUCAUCUUAAAAGUCUGUCUAUUUGAAAACUUUGGCCAGGUGGCUAUCAGAUUGUCACUUCUGCCAAAGUGCUUCAUACUCUUGCUGGCUUCAUUUAUUUACAGCAAGUAAAUAACUUACUUCACAACUCUUCACACCAUUGCUGCUUUUCUGCAGAUCUCUGGGAUCUAGCAUUGAAGCUGCAGAGGUCGUUCCAUUGGUGUGAGUUUUCUGCUGUAACGCCAGUUGAACAUCAUCUGUACAUCAAGCCAGACUGCAGGUGAGACAGGAAACAUCAGUGAAGCAGUUAAGAUUCCUUAGCUGACUAGCAUUCUUUCCUUAUAUCAGAUGGCAAAGAACAGGCCUUAUUCUAGGGCUUGUAUGGGGCUGCCUGAGCUCACUGUCAAGAGCCCAAUUACCUUGCUUGGCGGAGGGGCAGUGUAAGGCCAGGAAUUUUGUUUUGCAAAGGGAGUAGCCAGGUGAUUUGAGUUGGGUUUUCACGGCUGCAGGAAAAAAAAAGGAAAACUAAUUUUAAAAAUUAACUUGAAGUCUCCAUUACUGUGGAGGCCAGGAAGCCUAUGAGGGGGACAGACGGGGUUUGUACUGAAAUGAACCCACAGAAAGCCUCAGUGGGGAAUGUUGGAUAAUCCUAACUCAUGUGACUACAAGCCUAAUAAGGACACGGGCGCUAUCAUUAAAACAUCAGUCAAUAUUUGAAGCGUAUGCCCCCUUUAGUGUAAUCUGUCAUGAAUUCCCAGGUACUGGAGUUAUAUAUAGGGCUGUCAAAAUCCAAUGGCUAGCAGAUUGCCACCAUCACCAUAAGAGGCUGCCCCUCUGAUACUUGAUAACAUAAGUGUGUUGCUGCUGUGCAAACUUCUCUUAAGCAGUAAGUGUGAAAUGAGCUCAAGUGUUGUAUAUAAAUAUCUGUGAAAAUUUGAUGGCAGAUGUAACGUGCAUUUGAACUAUAAAGUGGUUGAAAUAUUGUAUUCCAGAAGUUGACAAGAAAGACUGCUCUCACUGUGUGUACAGUGAGCUCACGUGUGAAUGGUGGGGUAGAAGUUCCAAAAAUUGAUGUCUAAGUUAGGGUCCUAUGUCCAUAAGGGGCCUGAUUUUUCAAUAGAGCUGAGCUCCCAACAGCUCUCAUUGAUUUCAUGAAGAAGCAAAAAAAGGCACAAGCCCAAAUUUAAAAAAAUUCUUUUUAGGUCACCUUUUAUUUCCAUUUCACUGAUAGCAGUAGUAACUAGAUAGUGAAGUGCAAAUGAAAAGCCAUCUGGCUAAUACCAGUCAGUCAAAUGGAAAUCAAAGGUGACUUUAAUUGAAAGUGAUGAAUUUAAAACCUGGGUUUGCCCCCCUGGUUUCUUCCUGAUGUGUAUGAAGUGAGCCUGGAACCUGUGGUGAGGUUUGGCUUUGCACGUGUUUUUACCUUUAGAAGUAGCAGGAAUGUCAGUCUGGUCUCAUUGGUCUUGCUGGAUGUUGGAGGACGUGUAUUGUGAGCUCUCAUUCAUUAACUCAUUACUGGAAGAGGGAAGGUGGUGUGGACUAUUUAAGGCCAUGGCUACAGUAGAAAAAAGGUGGGGAAGUGAUAAGCUCAUGUUAGCUACCCUGUGUUAAAAUCCUAGUACAGACAAAGUAAGUUGUAGCUUUACCACAUGUUAGCUGGUCAGAGUAACCCCCAGGUUACCCCCCCCC